AAGGUAAUUGAAACCAACCCUAAGCUCUUUUUAUCUCCGCCCUAAAGGUAGCCCCGAUUAUUGCUGACUUAAGCAUCGGAGUGUCUACCCCGAGUUCCACCUCGGGGCUUUGCAGGUCAUCUCGGAGUACAAGCGCGGAUUGAAGAAGGACUUCAGGUUUGGUGCAAUUACAUUGGCGCCGUCUGUGGGAAUCGAACUGAAAGCUUUCUAGUUGCUCUUUCAUCAUGGUUCACACUCGAUCAGUCCGAGCUGGUAAUUCAUCUCUGCCUCAUGGGCAAGGUCAACCCCCCAACAACCUUCCACCUCUGAUCCCACCUCAAAUCCUACCUCAGGUCCCAACCAUAUUCCUUCCUGUUGAUCAUGCAGAAGGAGGAGAUGAAAACCAACCCCAUACCUCAGCCCACAAUUCAACUUCCACUGCCAACCAUGACGUGGUGACAGCUCAGCUUGCUGCCAUGCAGCAGCAGUUUGGUGUUUUUCAGUUGGUACUGGCUCAGCUUUUAGCUAGAAAUAAUCUUGGUGAUCCUUUCAUUAAUUUACUAAACCCUGCUCAACAACCCCCAGCUUCACAACAGAAUCCUCAACCGGUUCAAUCUGCUCCCACUGUUAGUGAAUCUCAGGGUCAAUCCCACAUAGCACCCGCUCAACAACCCAUCCCUGAUGAUGUUACUCGCCGUCUCGAUAGCCUGGAGAAGCUAGUAGCCGAACACUGAGGUGCUCCACCCCCACACCAUGCUGCUGACUCUAUACCUCACCCUUUGAAUACCAACAUUACUCUAGAACCCUAUCCUGCUGGUUUCAAAAUACCACAAUUGGAGACUUAUGACGGGACGAAGGACCUCGAUGAUCACCUGCAUGCUUUCUACUCUUGUAUGCAAGCUCAAAACGCUUCUGACGCGUUAAUGUGCAAAAUCU